AUGUUGGUCAGGAUCGGUCCCAGCCAGUUUUCAGAACAGCACCUUCUUGCCGUGGAGGACUCGGGCCAGGAGUACCCCACCCAGAAGUCACCCUCAGCUCCAUUCAUGCCUGAAGGACCCUCUGCGUCCCCUGAGCCAGACCUUCUGCUGCCCGCCAAUGCCACCAACGCCACGGACUGCGGGGAGGAUAUACUGCUGUACGGGGACACUGAGAAGGUCAUCAUCGGGACGGUCCUCUCGGUCAUCACUCUGCUGACCAUUGCGGGCAACAGCUUGGUCGUCAUCUCCGUAUGCAUCGUCAAAAAGCUCCGCCAGCCGUCCAACUACCUGGUGGUCUCCUUGGCUGCGGCUGACCUGUCUGUGGCCUUUGCCGUCAUGCCCUUCGUCAUCAUCACCGACCUGGUGGGAGGGGAAUGGCUCUUUGGGGAGGUCUUCUGCAACGUCUUCAUUGCCAUGGACGUCAUGUGCUGCACGGCAUCCAUCAUGACGCUCUGCGUCAUCAGCGUGGACCGGUACCUGGGAAUAACCCGGCCGCUGACGUAUCCUGUGAGGCAAGACGGGAAGCUGAUGGCCAAGAUGGUGUUCAUCGUCUGGCUCCUCUCGGCCUCCAUCACUCUUCCCCCUUUGUUCGGCUGGGCGAAGAACAUCACUGUGGAACGGGUGUGCCUCAUCAGCCAGGACUUUGGCUACACUGUCUACUCCACCGGCGUCGCCUUCUACAUACCCAUGGCGGUCAUGCUCGUCAUGUACAACAGGAUCUACAAGGCAGCCAAGGCCAGCGCUCAGAAGCACCGCUUUAUGGACUUCCCCAGGCCUUACGAGCCAGACGGAGCCUACUGCAUGGAGCCCGGAGCCCGGCGCCAGCCUAGCACCAAGAGGAGCAAGGCCGUGGAGCAAUGCACCACCUUGUCCAAACUCCUCCGCCAGGACCGGAAGAACAUCUCCAUCUUCAAGAGGGAGCAGAAAGCAGCCAGGACCCUGGGCAUCAUUGUGGGGGCCUUCAGCUUUUGUUGGCUCCCCUUCUUCCUGAUGUCAACGGCCCGGCCGUUCAUCUGCGGCAGCCGCUGCAGUUGCAUCCCUCUGAGGCUGGAGAGGACUCUCCUCUGGCUGGGGUACGCCAACUCUCUCAUCAACCCCUUGAUCUAUGCCCUCUUCAACCGGGACCUGAGGACUACUUUCUGGAACCUGCUCCACUGCAGCUACCGCAACAUCAACCGCAGGCUGUCCGCCGCAAGCAUGCACGAGGCCCUGAAAGCCACAGAGAAACACGAGGGCAUAAUCUAAGGCUGCGGGCCCAUGCGGACGUUGGCGUUUAAAAGCGUUGGGAUUGCUCACUAAGGGAGGCAGACCCUCCCUGCGGCUGCCCGCUCACACCAAGGACUGAGGGCUCACCUGGAUGAGCAUCUCCAGAGCAGGGCGACAAUUGUCCAGUUCCCCUGCAGCCCUGGAGAAAAAGACAGCUUCGCAAGCAAGUCUACAGAAGAUGCUAAUUCACAAAAGCACCCAAAUAAAUCUGUGCACCUAUGGCAGCCGUUUGCGGUAUAAAGGGGAAACGAGACCGGAUAUUUUGCCACGUUCAAGAAUUAUCCUAUGUGUGGUCACCUAGACGCAGCUUUACUCCUGACUGGCAGCCAGGCAGGUGCGCUCUAGUUUAAAGAGAACAAGAGAAGCAGGGUUCUCUGCCCCCGAUUAGAAGAGUUUGGAGGGAAAUUGGGGAGAGGGGAUUACAAGAUCCUGGUAAACGCCUAGUAAGGGAGAGGAAAUUAGCUGUCAAGCCAAGCGAGAAUUGUAUAUCCGAGAGGCAGUAGCAAGGCUGCUCAACAGAAGGCCUAGAUCAGCUUUCCCUGACCUGAC